UCUGUCAAACUCAAAUGAGUCAGAUUUGUAAAGCAGAUUGUAUCGCCCAGUGUUUUAAUUUAAAGUGUUUUUAAAUGUAAAUAAAGAUGCCAGUGCGUGUGGACAUCGCUCCUCCUCCGCCAGCAAAUUCUAAACAACCUGGCUUAACUAAAUCCCUUUUAUAUAAUGGGUCGAAAUUCCACGGCCAUCAGAAGUCUAAAGGGAAUUCGUACGAAGUCGAAGUCGUUUUGCAGCAUGUAGACGAGGAGAAUUCUUAUUUAUGUGGGUAUCUAAAAAUAAAAGGACUUACUGAAGAGUUUCCCACUUUGACAACAUUUUUUGAUGGGGAAAUAAUAUCUAAAAAAUAUCCUUUUCUUACGAGAAAAUGGGAUGCUGAUGAAGAUGUCGACAAAAAACACUGGAGUAAAUUUGAAUCGUUCUCGAAAUACUCAAAAACAUUUAAUACUGAUAGUUUUGAUUAUGAUGCUUUAGCAAAUACAGAUUACGUAUUUAUGAGAUGGAAGGAGCACUUCUUGGUACCUGAUCAUACAAUUAAAGAUAUAAAUGGAGCAUCAUUUGCUGGAUUUUAUUAUAUAUGUUUUCAGAAAAGCGCUGCUACUAUAGAAGGAUAUUAUUAUCAUCGAAGUUCUGAAUGGUAUCAGUCCCUUACCUUAAGUCAUGUACCCGAAAACAGUAUUCAAAUUUAUGAAUUUAGAUGAGCCCCUUCAACAAAUGAAAGCAAUAUCACACAUCAUUUACUUCGAACAAUAGUGCUAUAAUAGACAAAGUUACAUGUGCUUGUACGAUAUAAUUUUAAAUGAGCAAUGUUAUCAAAAAGACUCUCUCCAUGGACGCAUCAUUGGUUUGUCGAUUUAUUUAAUUUAUUUUUGUACUGAUAUGAUUUCUAUUUUAGUUUGUUUCAUAAUCAUAGAAUUAUUCAUUAUCCUUGCAAAGAUGUUAUAAAUUAUGAUAGCAUUUUUAUAAUGCGUAAUUAUUAGGUAAUUAUAUAUUAUAUGUGUAAGUCAAUAGAGAAAUUAAUAUAUUAUGUGACACAUUAUU